AUGCGCAAGCACUGGAGACUGGAGCGCAAGGGAUUGCAAAAGGAUCCGCAGCUAGAUGAAGAUCAUGAUGCACAACUGGUGUCUCUGCUUGCUGAGGAGGUGUAUGGCAUGCCAGCUCCUUCUUUUGCUCAAAAGCUACAGCCAAUGGUUACUCGUGAAACAACUUUGCCGCCAAAAGCCGAGGAGGGAUCAACAAAGAUACUUCAACAUAGGCUGCUUCAAGCAGCUGCUCCAGUUGAACCGAACAUGCUGCCCCUAGGGGAAAGAGCUUUACCCGCAUAUGCAAAGAAAUCUACUGAAUCAAAAGGGGCGCAUGCGGAGGAAGCAAGACCAGCACUAUCGCCUUCAAGACGUCAACCGAGAGCGGGCCAGCCACCAGUGCCAGCAGCUCCCCUUCAGUGGAUUCGUGAGGCCUUAAUUAUUUUAAGAAGAAUUGAUGAUCCUCAACACGUACAAUUGCAGCGCCGGAAGAAAGCGGCAGUAGCUUCAGGAGCUUGCGUCAAUUCCCCUCCACCAGCCCAAACUGCCGGGAAUUCAUUUCAACAGGAAGACUUAACGGAUAACUCCGCAGUGGCAACAGUCACAGCAGCUUCCUGCAGGAAUGCUCUGCAGCCGCUUUUUAGGAAUAGCCGAUUGUUGUACGUUAUCUGGACUGGCGCCGGUGGCGGACCCUGGGGAGGGUGCUCAAAAAUUUGGUUUCAACACAGGAGGUAUGUUUGCAAGCAAAACAGCGAAAUAUGCCUACACGAAGAAUCAUAG